UCAGCGGGAAACCAAAAUGGCGAGAGCCAGCGAACAAAAUCAUCCGUUUAUCGUUGUGUAAAAAAAUACUUUACGCUUUUGAUUAAUUUCUGUAAAGAAACAAAACCUCGGUUCACAGCGGUUUUGACGGAAACGGAGCUCCUGUUGCUCGUUCAUGGUGUAGUUCUUUGUGUUUGUGAAAUAUUGUUACCCUGGAAAGUGGCCGAAUGAGAGAUUCGGCAAGUUCAGAUAACCUGGCUUCCCAUCAAAAAUCACCCCCAAAUCGCCAACACAAGUCACCGGUGCCCUUGUCACAAUUUCCCCUGAAAGAUGGGCUGACCGACACGGCCAAGCUCGCCGGCAAGUUUGAGGAGGGGCAGGACGUCCUGGCUCGAUGGUCAGAUGGCCUCUUUUACCUGGGCAAUAUUGCCAAGAUAGAUACACUUAAGCAUCGCUGCUUUGUGAUUUUUGAAGAUCAGUCUAAAUCCUGGGUUCUUUGGAAGGACAUUCAGACAGGGGACAGUGGAGGAGAGAUGCUCUGCUCCAUAUGCCAGAAUGAAAGCUCCGAGCCUCCCAAUGAAAUAGUCAUUUGUGACAAAUGUGGACAAGGAUACCAUCAACUGUGCCAUGCCCCCAUAAUAGACUCCGGUGUCAUUGCCUCUGAUGACAAAUGGCUCUGCCGACAGUGCGUGUUUGCCACAACAACAAAGAGAGGCGGUGCACUGAAGAAGGGUCCAAAUGCCAAAGCUCUGCAGGAAAUGAAGCAGUCCCUGCCCUAUGCCCUGGAAGAUCUGGUGUGGGACCAGGGCCACAAGACAAACAUUCAGCAAUGCUACUGCUACUGUGGGGGGCCUGGAGAUUGGUUUCUAAAGAUGCUGCAGUGUAGUAAGUGUAAGCAGUGGUUUCAUGAAGCCUGCAUCCAGUGUUUUCAGAAGCCAAUGCUGUAUGGAGACAGGUUCUAUCAGUUUAUUUGUUCAGUUUGUAAUAGUGGACCAGAGUACCUCAAACGCCUGCCUUUGAGAUGGGUAGAUAUUGCACACCUGAGCCUUUAUAACCUGAGUGUAAUUCAUAAAAAGAAAUACUUUGACUCAGAGCUGGAACUGAUGGCUUACAUCAGUGAUAACUGGGACAGGCUACAGCUUGGCGAGCUUGCAGACACCCCAAGAGCAGACCGAUAUGAAUGCAUUCUGGAAGCACUGAACAGCAACCUCAACAUGUUCAUGUCAGGGAAGGAGAUAAAGAAAAAGAAGCACCUAUUUGGAUUACGGAUUCGUUUCCCACCAGCCCCCCAGAGCUCAGAUAUCCAGUUAGACCAAGAGCAGGAAAAAGCAUCCCACGAGAUCAAGAUCAAAGGCCGGAAGGCCACCAAACCCCCUCAAUUAACCAGCACUGUCACUAAUGGAUCAGUGAAGAAAGAAAAGAGGAAACAUCGCACACACUCCUUAGAGACAUUAGCCAAACUGAGAAGAUCAAGUGAAAUUUUGGCACAGAAUGAUGUGAAGUUUCCAACUCUAAACAAUAACUCACUGGACCUGAUGGCCUCAAAAAGUGCCAAAAGGGAAAAAUCGUUGCCUUCAUCAAGUACCUCAGAUAUUGAAUCUGUUGGUGGCACCAGCACCAGUGAAACUACCUCAACCACCAUCUCAAGACAGUCCAGCUUGGGCAGUCAAAGUGGUCCACGCACUGGAUGCCUCUGGCCCACCAUCACGCAGCCUCCACUGAAGAGGCGUCGGGGACGUCCGCGACAAGCACAGCAGCCGCCAAAUCCUGAGAUUCCUCUGCCCUGCAACCUAGAACCACAACCCAGCAACAAUGUCCCUGAGCCCAGUCCCCUUCCCUCCUGCCUCUACAGCAGCAUGGAUAUCAUGCAGGGACUGAACCCUGACACCCAGCUCAGCCAACUGAAGACCUCUAUCAGCACUUACUUCGGUGCUGCAGGUCGAUUGGCCUGCGGUGAGAAAUACCGUGUGCUGGCCCGCCGCGUCACUCAUGAUGGCAAAGUACAGUACUUGGUGGAAUGGGAGGGGGUAACAGCCUCCUGAACUGGUUAAGGGAUUGGUCACACCUGGUGAAUGUCUAGUUUGCCACCAGUAAUGUGGAGUAAUGUAGUUUUGUGACAGUAAAAAUGUUAUGCAUAUGGAAGUGAGAGCAGUGAAUGUGACAAUGUACAUGAUUGACUGAGCUGUUUGAGAUGGGACUUCAAAGUGUUCUGUGUAUGCGACUGUCUCUGUGAAAAUUCAAAUGGACUAACUUCACAUGGACUGGAUUGACAAAUUAGAGGUGGUCAGAAUUUCAGUUUGAAGACCUAAUCAAUUCUGCUAUGUCAAAAUAACUCAAGUCCUUUCUUUUUGCCUCCUAAUGUACAGGUGCCUUAAAAGGGUUGUGAAACAUACUAUGUAUGCUGCUUGUUUUCCUUAUUCAGUCAAAACCUUUCUUAGCUCAAAUUGCCAAGGAGAGAGAGAGCUAUUGUGGAUGGGGCACUUUUAUUUACAUUUCAUUUGAUUGCACAUAUGCUCUCAUCCUAUUUUCCAUUUAAAUGACCUAGCGGAUUAAUUUUGUGACAAAAUGAAACCAUUUGACAUUAAAGAGAUAAUUAACCCAAAAAUGAAAAUUCUCUCAUUAUUUCCUCCCCCUUAUGCUGUCCCAGAUGUGUAUAACUUUGUUCCGCUGAACACAAAUGAAGAUUUUUUUGGUAGAAUAUCUCAGCUCUAGAUCCUUUCAGUGCAAGUGAAUGGUGUCCAGAACUUUGAAGCUCCAAAAAGCAAAUAAAGGUAGCAUAAAAACAAUCUAUAUGAUUUCAGUUGUUUAAUCAAUGUCAUCAGAAGAAAUUUAAUAGGUGUGGGUGAGAAAAAACUCAAUAUUUAAGGCCUUUUUAAUUGUAAAUAUCCAGUUUCACAUUCUGAAGGAUUUCUAGUAAAAAAAGGAUGAGAUAUUGAUCUGUUUCUCACCCAAAGUGAGUGCAUCACAGAAGACAUAUAUUAAACAACUAGUGUCUUACGGAUUACUUUUAUGCUUCCUUUAUGUUCAUUUUUGAGCUUCAAAUUCCUGGUCACUAUUCACUUGCAUUGUAUAGACUAAAAGAGCUGAGAUAUUCUUCUAAAAAUCUUUGUUUAGCAGAAGAAAGAAAGUCAUCCACAUCUGGGAUGGCAUGAGACUAAAUAAUGAGAGAAUAAUUUUUUUUUUAUAUACUAUUCAUUUAAAAAUCACAAAACAAAAUUAAAAUGUAUCAACUGCAUUAAUAGAUCUUAGCCAUUUGUGAAACAAUACACAUUCACAAUUGGCUAAUUUAAGAUUUUGUUAACAAUUUUGUCUCCUGUGAGUUUCAUUUUUCUACAUGACUGAGAGUGGCAGCAUUAAGACGUCUCCUUAUAUCUCUUAUAAAUCUUUUCAGCUGUUGAUAGCUGCCACGUGAAUUUAAGUUCUAAAGAUUUUAGGCAAGAGCCCUUUUUUUUAAUAAUCUGUAAAUCUAUUUUAAAUAUAAUUUUUUAUUUUUGAGAGGGUAGUCUUUGUUUACUAUUUUUUUAUACUAUGCAAUUAAUUCAAUGGAUCUGUGCAUUUUUCUUCAGCUUCACCUUACAAUCAGAAAACAGCAGCAAUAUUUUUGUUACAAUUGACUCAGGCUUUUUUUUUAUUAUUGUGGUUCUAUUUAUUGCUUUCAAACAGCAGUGUACGUUAACAAAUUGUCCAUUCACGAAAGAACUCAGGAUAGUUUUUGCAACUUCACUGUAAGAUUUUAUAUUGAUCUGAUAUUCAAAUGUUCUGCAAGAAAUUAAAUGAGAUUAUCAGUUCUCAGUUUUGUAUUUUAUAUACCAUUCUAUGGUCCUAAUUUUAGUUUUAUUUAAAUUUUCAAGUUCAACUGAGGUGGGAAACUCUUUUUGUUUAUUUUUAGUUUUUUACCUGAGAAUGCCCUGUACUCCAGAACAUUUUCUAACCACUUGCAGAGGUUGGAAGUAGUAUUGGUAUUAGGCAAGUGUUAGAAUUCAACAGUAAUACCUCCUAAUUUUGAUAACAAUGAACAAAUAUUAAGCUCUUGUUAUGUUGUGUAUGAAUCUUUUUUUUUUUUCUUUCAGUUGGCGUACCAGUGUUAGUAAAGCUUGCUUUGUAUUGUACUGGCUUUGAGCAGGCUCCUUUAGCCAAAGAAUAAAGAUCUUAAAACUUG